UGGGGGAGGGGGGAAGAAAGCAAACCACAUUUCUCAGCAGAUUCAGAGUUGAGUGUUAAGAGCGAGAGAGAGGGAUUCAUGGAGGGAAAUGGAACACCGCACCCAAUUCCAAGGACGGUCGAGGAAGUCUUCAGCGAUUUCAAGGGCCGACGCGCCGGCCUUAUCAAGGCUCUCACCACUGACGUUGAGAAAUUCUACCAGCAGUGCGACCCCGAGAAGGAGAACCUCUGCCUGUAUGGUUUUCCAAACGAGACCUGGGAAGUUAAUUUACCCGUGGAGGAGGUUCCCCCUGAGCUUCCGGAGCCUGCCUUAGGAAUCAAUUUCGCAAGGGAUGGAAUGCAAGAGAAGGACUGGUUGUCACUGGUUGCCGUGCACAGUGAUUCAUGGUUACUUGCCGUUGCUUUCUAUUUCGGUGCACGGUUUGGUUUCGGUAAAAACGAAAGGGUCGAAUUUUACAGAAAGAGGCUUUUCCAGAUGAUAAAUGAUCUCCCAACCAUAUUUGAAGUUGUCACGGGAAAUGUUAAGCAAUCAAAGGAACAAUCUGCUAAUCAGAACAGCAAAAGCAAAUCUAGUACAAAGAUGUCUGAGCCACAAUCCAAGGGAGUGAAGAUGUCUCCAACAACUAAACAAGAGGAGGACAGCGGGGAAGAAGAAGAAGAAGACGAGCAGGGUGCCACCUGUGGGGCAUGUGGGGAUAGCUAUGCACACGAUGAAUUCUGGAUUUGCUGUGACAUCUGUGAGAGAUGGUUCCAUGGAAAAUGUGUAAAAAUUACUCCAGCAAAGGCGGAGCAUAUAAAGCAGUACAAAUGCCCCAGUUGCAGUAGCAAGAGGGCUAGAGUCUGAACCAUGUUAAGAAAUUGGACAUAGAUCAAUCAAGAAGGCUAGAGAAGAUCAAGAAAUUUCUCUUUGCAGUUUAAUUUGGACAAUGUAGUUGGGAACUGGUAUUGCAACAAUGGAACUUAACCUACACUCUUCUUCUAUCCAAUUUUCUCAGGGCUUAUGUUUGAA